ACGGCCCCGCAGCAUGCUAGAUCCUGAGGGCAGUGUGGAGCACAAGCCUCCCUCUUUCUUCCCCAAAGUUCUCCUCAUCCCUGUAGCCAUGCUCCUUGCAAUUGCAGCGCUGCUGCUCUUAGCCUUUUCAGCUACGCAGCAGAAGGAGCCUGAUUUUUACACUUUCAAAGUGGUAAACAUCAGGGGCAAACUAGUCUCUCUGGAGAAAUACAGGGGCUCGGUGUCACUAGUUGUCAACGUUGCAAGUGAGUGUGGGUACACAGAUAGCCACUACAAGGCCUUACAACAGCUACAGAGGGACCUUGGCCCGUAUCAUUUUAAUGUCCUGGCAUUCCCAUGCAAUCAGUUUGGGCAGCAAGAACCAGACACCAACAAAGAAAUUGAGAGUUUUGCACGGAAGACUUACAGUGCCUCCUUCCCUAUGUUCAGCAAAACUACAGUCAGUGGAGCUGGUGCAAUUCCUGCCUUCAAGUACUUAAUUGAUUCUACAGGAGAAGAACCAACCUGGAACUUCUGGAAAUACCUGGUGGAUCCCAAUGGGAAAGUAGUAAAGGCCUGGGACUCUACUGUCACUGUUGAAGAAAUAAGACCUUAUAUUACAGAGCUUGUAAGGAAAAUCAUCCUGAAGAAGAAAGAUGAAUUAUGACUUUUGAAAAUCACAGCAUGCCACUUACAGCCUUAUUGAGAACUAGGACUGGACUUUGUCUUUUCACAUUCCAAAAGAGAGUAUAUGGGGAAGGGAAAUUAUGACCAGUGGAAUCUACAUUCACUGUCCUACGAAUGUAGAAAAUAUCAACUUAGCGUGGUCAAAGUAAUGUAAAUUUUGUCUCCGACUGAAUUCAGUUUGACCUUUCUGGGAAAGAAUAAACUGAUUGGCAACUGUUUCAUUCCCAGUUCAAAUAAUUAAUUAUUGGUAAUCCUAUAGGAAGUUACUUCAUGUACCUGUAGGAAGAAGGCUCAGAAUAAGGAGAACUUUCCAAUUGGUAUCUCAUUGUUAUCUACAAUUCUGUUGUCAUAUUUUGCUUGUGGACUGAAUGAGAAAAUAAAGAACAUAUGAAAACAAAGUGCAUGAUUGACUUGAGGCAUGUGCUAGAAAGAGGGCCAGAACAGAUACCUUCAAACCAGGCAGACUUAUAUGUAGGUAUAUGUCUUUCUAGUUACCAAGGCCAAACAUACCUCAUUUCAUCUGUCUAGAUAGUUAAGGAAGGCAUGGGGAAAAUACAUCUUUAAAACUUAAAUGAAAGAAAUAUAAAGACAAAGUCUCUGUAAAAUUAUCCAAAAGCUAUGAGAAGAAUUUCUACAUUUUUUCACCCAGUAAAGAUUGUGAGAUGAUUUUUAAAUAGCCAUUUGGACACCUCUAAGACCAGAGCUUAUAUGAAAUAGCUGUUUCUCUCUUCUAUUAGCAGUUUGGUUUAGAAUUAUUCUCGCUUCAUACAACUGAUGUUAAAUUUGUCAAUUCAUAACACCGUCCCGUUUUGCUACAUGUACAGGCAAACAUUGGAGAAUCAUCAUUUUUCCAUGGAAAUAAAUUUUCAGAUAUUUAAUUGUUGCAUAAUGUUACAUUGUUUAAUAUCACAUUAAUGUCACAAAUGUUUAAUGAUACCUUUUCCAAAUAUAGCACUCAGACAUCUGCUCA